CGUAAAUUCGCAUUAUCGUCGGCAUGAAUACUCUUUAUGUGAGAGAUAAAACCAAGCAAAUAAUUUACUUGCAAAUAUAUUAUUUCUGUAUUUCGACUGUGUGCGUGUUGUCUUCUGGUAGUGUCGGACUCUACAAUUAAUUUAAUGUAGUGGGGAUAGGUUACAAGGAGCAUUUCAGCAUCCACUAAACAUACACACAACAUGUGUUUAUUUCACACAUUUAUAGAAAUAUAAAUAAUUACUAGUUAAUAAUUAAUGACCAAUGUUUAUUUUUAUCACAGUGUCAACCAAUAACCUACACCUUAGCUGGUCUGCUGACGUUGCUGCGCUGUGAUUGGUUGGAUGGAUUUGACCUGCUAGUCUAUAAAAUACCUCUGCGCCAGUUAACGGUCCCUUUAGCAAAAACCUUUGGAGACGAAAGUCCAAUCUGGAGUUUGCCAGGGUUCCCACUGAGACAGACUGAGAGACAGAGAAUACAUAUACAUACAGGCACACAUACGAACACAUACUGACAUUUGCACACAUUUCGGACUAAAACAGCAGCAUUGUUUUCGCCAUACGGAGUUCGGACUUGCUCAACACGAUGCCACGAGGCAAGUCUUUUCGCCGUUCGGAGGCAGCCAAACGGCGUAUGGCAGGACGGCGAACGGCUGACGUGGAACCGCAGCAGCCUGCUAAUGCCUCUGUCUCACAGUCCGGCACUGGUCAGCGCCAUGCUGUGAGACAAUGGCCAAAAUCUUUGCUGACAGGCCGUCAGCACAAGCUGGUUUUGCCGUGUGAAUCCCCUGGCAAGAAGUUUGUUCUUGUUGUCGGUGAUUCCCAUCUACGUGCUAUCGUAGAUGGCUUUGUUCCAAUGCCAAAGGGCUCACUCUCCUUUGGCCUCAUGUGUACGCCCGGGGCCUGUGUGAUGGAGCUGAGGACGGAGUUGCUACAUGCUGCUGUUCCUCGGACUCCUCACGCAGUCCUGGUCAUUGCACCAAGCAACAACCUGACAUCCAGCAGGACCAUUAUUUUUGCAGGUUCACCUCAGCGAUAGUGACGGCAUGCCCAUUUUCGCCGGGCAGCUGUGGAGUGCUGCAUACCAAUACCUGCAUCCUCCGACACCAAAGCCACAACCUGCUCCCAGAAUGUUGCCGCCUCGUAGGCGCAGGUUGACGCAACUCCACUCCUGGAGUGUUCCAUCCAGCCCAACCCUGUUUGGUUCAGCAGUUCAGUGUUGGCUGCGAUGGAUGCUGCUGUUCCAUCCCAUCUUCCUAGCCCUGAUUCUACUGCUGUUUCACGAAGCUCACAGCAUCCAAAAGUGGAACAUCGUCGGACUUCUGCAUGCCAGAAGGUCCCGACGAGAGCUUUGCCCGUGGUGAAACCUGUGCCACCGCCUGCAACUGCUCAUCUGAAAGUGGAUGCCAGGGGGGAGGUUGCCACCACCGCCAUCGCUGCUGCCACCACCACCACGCCGGGGGGGGGCCUUCAGCCUGUCGUCGAUCUUGGUGUCACCAAGAUCCAACACCGGUAAGUGUGACGCUAACCCCAUUCCUUGCAGGUGUGCAGAGUCCCUGGUAAGUGUGUCAGAACUGCACCGGGCAGUUCUGACACACUUACAUCCAUAGCAUGUGGUGUUGCAGCAGUUAUGAGACAUGUCAUUUCUCCAGUGUGCACGUGGAAAGGGACAGAUAUUGACAGCAUAGGCAUAGAAGGUGGCAAACUGGCCAGGGACAUUGUUGAAGCUAGGCAGAAUGGUGACACUAAAUGGUUGUGCGAGUCCAUUGAAGAGCAGGCUGUGUUUGGCAGACAGUGGCAGGUGGCCAUUCCUCCUCCAGCACCUAGUGACUUUAAGUUGCUGGAGGGGGACACCGUGAUGCAUGAGAAGCUACAAGAGCAUUUGUUGACACAUGGUGCGUGUCUGUUGGACCUCGGCGGUGCAGUUAGUACCAUUAUUCAUCAUGGUGACUAUCUUGUGGUUGUGGAUUGUGGCACGCGUGAUGCAUCUGGGAUGGCAUCUGGUAUUGGCUCAUCUGUGGUUGUGUUCACCACAUGCCUUACUGACUUGAUGCUUCACAUCAGUCAGUUGUGGGAGUCUGUAGGUGCGAAGUGGUAUGCCGUCCAUGGCAUUUCUGUCAUGGCAUAUCCAGAAGAUAAUGACAUGGAGGCUGCUACAGGUGAGACUGUUGACGUCGGUGCUGCAGCAAAGUUUGGGGAAAGCAUUUCAGUCAGGCCAGAGACCGAUGUCAGUUCCAUCAGGGGAACUUUUCACCAAGGGGAUGCUCGGUUCCUAUACAGAGGGCUUCAGUGUAUGGCUGUAAUUUUGGUUGCUUUGGCCAAACACAGAAUUGAUAGUGUGUUUUUGUGGCAGUCUGGCAAUCUGGAUAAGGUUGUAGAGUUGGGGGACAAGCUCUACACAUCAUUGCGGGAAAGUAAGUCCAUCAGUGGGAGGUCUGAACUGCUGUGUGUUCCAGAUUUGCCCAAAAGGUUCAUCAUUGAUGAACAGGAAUUUGAUUUUGAGUAUGGUGACUAUGUUUCUGGUGACGUUGAUGUGGUUGAGGGGCAGCUUGUUGAUGCAGGUGUGUACACCAGUCUCAGGAAUGGUUUGGGAAAGAUGUGUAGCAAAUAUGACACAUGCUUUCUGACUGUGAGUGGCAGCACAUGUGCUAUCAUUGGUCGAGAUGGGCAGUAUGCAGUUGUUGACUCCCAUGCACGCAGUGCAGAUGGCAUGGUAGAUGAAAGCGGGUUUAGUGUUGUUGUGUAUUUCAGUUGCCUUGACCAUGUGUUUGAUCACAUUUGCAAAUUUGCCACUGUAAUGAACAUUCCAAAGUUUGAGAUUGCUGGUGUUUGUGUCACUCACAAAAGUCAAAGUGCAAAUGAGGAAAGUAGAGAGGUUGAGUUUGGUUCUAGCUUACCUUUUCAGCCAGCACUUAAAGUGUUGGCUGAACAGGUAACACUUGACAGCAGCAACAGUCAGACAGGUGUGAAACGCAAGAUUUCAGUGGGUGAUCGUGCAUCCAAAAAGUUGAAAAACAGGGAUGUUAAUGCAGUUAAUUCAGAUGUUUUAUUUGUCAGUGAUGUGACAAGUAAAAGACUUGAGUUUAAUCCGCUGCGUAGUGAUGUUGCACAAGCUUUGUGCAAACAGUUGAAUGUAGAGUUGGGGAAAGUUGAUCUGGUGUCGACAGAGGUUGGUGCGUUAGGGGCUCCUUGUAGGAACGAGCAUAGUUGGUGAUGGUGAUGGUGUUUCUUUAGAGCGGUUAGUCAAGCUUUGUGUGGCACACAGAAGAAUCAUAGAAAAAUUAGAUUAGCUGUGUUUAAGCAGUUACGGGCCAAUCCUCUUGCAUAUACUUUGCAUCGUGAGUAUUCGUGAAUGGCAGAUUAUCUGAGUAGAUCACGAAUGCAAUACGUUGGUACUUGGGCCACUGAAGUAGAGAUUCAAGCAUCAGCAGAUUGUUUAGGAAUUAAUAUUUUCACGUAUUGUGGUGAUCACUGGCUUGAAUACAGUUGCAAGAAUAGGCAGUUGUCCAAUCAGGCAGUGUAUUUACAGAAUUGUAAUGGUAACUAUUAUGAGAACGUUGUUUGUGUUAUGCAGCCUCAGAUGCAGAUUUGUUAUCGGUACUGCAAAGUGAGUGCGUCUUGUUCCGGAGGUUACAAUUUUAGACGGCAAAGUAGAGAGCGUAGUGUUUGUACUGAGAGUUCAAGUCCAGUUGUUGCUUCAGAUUAUGUAGCUGAAGGGGUUAUCGAUAUUGAAGAUAAUGUCAUAGAACAGAAGCAUAGUACUGUCAUGACUCCUGUUUGUGUUGUCCUUUGUUUCUGGUUUUCGGUUUUUGGGUUUUGAUUCAUGUCCUUUUUUCUAUGUCUUGUUGUGUUCUGUGUUUUGUUUUUCCAUGUCUUGUGUCUCAUG